AUGAUGACCAAUUCCAGCCUGACAGCUCACAUCCCAACAGUGGCUGGACAAGAUAAUGAUAUCUACUACUUGUUUAACAACACCGAAUGGGAGCAGAAAAUUUAUGAGUAUGUCGAACAAAGGAUUUUCUUCGUCUUUGUUAUUUUGGUCAGCGCUUUUGGAUUUCUGGGGAACGGAUUUGUCAUCUGGCUUCUCGGCUUCCGCAUCAAGAGGAAUUCGUUCACCAUCUACAUCCUGAACUUGGCUGUGGCUGACAUGGGGGUUCUCGUAUCGAUGUCGAUAUUUUUUGCCGUAGGACAUACCUUUUCGACCUCCCUCUGCGAGGAGUUCAUCAUAUUCACUUACAGCACUGGCCAGUUUCUGCUGACCGUCAUCAGCAUUGACCGGUGCGUGUGCGUCCUCUUCCCCUUUUGGCAUCAAGUCCACCGACCGCCUUACUUGUCCUUGGUGGUGUGCGCCGUCAUCUGGGCCCUCUCCUUCCUGCUUAACGCAAUUCACUUCGCCCUCCUCCAGAAUAGAAAGCUGGGAAAUAAUAACCAUGUAAUGUACUUCCAGUUUUUUGUCAAUUCCCUGGUUUGUGUCCCAUUCAUGGUCAUCUCCGCUGUGACCCUGUUGGUCAAAUUUUUUCUAAAACGGCAACAGCGCUGGCGAGGGAAGCUUUUGACGGCCAUCUUGGCUACGCUCCUCUUUUUUCUUCUCUUUGCUUUUCCUCUGAACGCCGUUUACUUGCUCUCUACUUUGACCCAAAAAACUCUUCCGACUUCCAUGCGGUAUGGCUUGUUAUGUGCCUCACUAAACAGCAGUGCUAACCCACUGAUUUAUUUCCUUGUUGGGAGGAAGAAGAAGAAACAUCCCAGGGGGGGCAUGAAGGCUAUCCUCCAGAGAAUAUUUGAAGAUGAAUAA